UCUCAGUUAAUGAGCUUCAAAAAUAUGUAGAAAGUGUUGAAGAUAAAAAAGGUUUGCCUCCUGUAAUUCUGGAAAUUACUAAAACAGAAACUUCUGAGGAGAAAUUAAAAAAACAAAUAUUAAAAGGUCUACUAGAUAAAAUAAAUAAUCUAGAGAUUACUAAAACAGACGAUUUUGAUGAGAAAUUAAAAAAGCAAAUCGAUGAAAUAUUGACAAAUAAAAUUAAUGAA